AUGCACACUAAUGUGCAAAAAGAAACUACAAAAGAAAUGUUACACAAGUACCCCGCUUCCCCCGUGCGGCCCCUUCCCCAGGCAGCGCACCCCCGUGCCCCACAUUCACUCUCCGGCACCCCCCGCUCCCCUAUACGUCCUCGCCACUGCUCCCCAUCCCCUUCUGCCCCCCAGCGCACCGCACCUCGCUCGCACCCGCCGCGGUUCACCCCCCGCCUCACGGCGGCGCCCCUCACCUCCGCCCUCACGCCCGCCCCAGCGCUGCCCCACAACCGCCAGCCGCGCGCCCGCCUCCCACGUUCAAACGGCGUCGAAGCACUGCGUAUCCCUCCGCGCCUUCUCCCCUCCGCCCUCCCCCUCCGCGGCCAGCAGCCGGUAGGCGGCAAGGCUGGAAAUGCACGAGGAAACGGCAGUCCAGGGGAGCCCGGCCCCGUGCCUCCUCCCCGCCCUCGUGCCGCUGGGCCUCCACAGCGGGAGAGGGACUCUUUGUCUUCCUGGCCGCGGAGGCGUCCCAAGCCGGCACCUCACGCGGCGGAGCACCCUUUGGUAACGGUCGGCAAAGCGAGCGGCGCCGCCGCGUGA